AUGGCACCUGCAGCUUCCUUCAACCCACCCGCGGCCAAUUUGCCUGGUAAACCAUCAGUACCCGGAUGGGUCCCACCUCCAGUGACGAACCAAAAGGAGGAAUUUGCACAGCUAAAAUCGAUCGAUCUGUCAUUGCUUGACUCUGAAGACCCAGCUGUUGUUGAUCAUCUAAUUCAGCAAGUCAAGACCGCCAUUCGUGAUGAUGGCUUCCUCUUUCUGGAGAACUAUGGAGUGUCCUUGGAACAGCUCCACCGUCAGUUCUCUCUUGCCCAGUACCUAUACCACAAUAUCAGUGAAGAAGAUAAGGAGCGCCUUCUCUUCCACCCCGAAACCGGUGUGUGGUCCGGAUAUAAGCAUCCAUAUGGUUUCAAGCGUCAGCCAGGACCGGAGGAUGGCAUUGAGCAGUUCAACUGGUACAAGCCUGACUGGGAAGAUAUCAACAGGAUUCCUUCAUGUCUGCACCCCUUCAUGGAUGAGAUCCGGUCAUUCUGCGACUAUCUCACAGGUUCCGUCAAUCGUCGCCUCCUAACCCUUUUCUCGCGCGUCCUUGAGCUGCCAGACAACUAUCUAUGGGACAAUGUCCAAUCACACGGUUGCCCUACCGGCGAGGGAUACUUCCGCCAUGCGCUUUUCCGGCCCGUUCAGAAGAAAACCCAAGAAGCCUCGAAGGGUCUUCGUAUGCACGGACAUACAGACUUUGGUUUGACGACAUUGCUAUUCUCUGUUCCCAUCUCUUGUCUUCAAAUUUGGGGCAGAGACGAAAAGUGGUACUAUGUGCCUUACAGACCCGGUGCGCUUGUUAUUAACAUUGGAGAUACCCUGGAGAUUGUCUCUGGUGGACAUUUCAAGGCCACUCGUCACCGUGUCUACAAACCACCUGUCGACCAAUUAAACGAAGAGCGUCUUUCUUUGGUGCUUUUCAACAGCUCUGUUGGUGAUUUGCGAAUGACUCCUGCAGUCGAAUCCCCACUCAUUCAACGUGAGGGUUGUGUCGAGGAGCAGGGAGUUUAUAAGGAGUUCAAGGGUCUCACAGAUCAGGGACGCUUGGUACCUACUAAUCGCCAGUGGCGUGAAAUUCAAAUUUCCACUGCAACUGAUCCUACAGAUACUGUGCGGAACCGCGUUGGUGCUGACCAGACUCUUAUCAAUGGCAAGAUUGUGCAUCAACGAGAGUAUAUGGGUGUGAAGGUUGUUCUUCCUGUUUAA